AAAGUUCAGCUGCUUCUUUUCAAUUUCCCACCACAAGAUAACAGAGCAUAUCUCAUCUUCCCCUAAUCAGCCUCAUACGCAUCGCCCACCAUGAGCUCGGAAGCUGAUGACUGUGGCUCAAAAACAAGGUCCCUCCACUUUCUUCUUGUCCCUCUGAUGGCACAGGGCCACAUGAUCCCCAUGGUCGACCUAGCCAGGCUCCUUGCAGCCCGUGGCGCCCAUGUCACCUUUGCCACUACGCCAGUCAACUUAGCUCGCAUUCAAACUGUUGUUGAUGGGGCCGCCGCCUCUGCCCUUCCGAUCCGCUUUGUUGAGCUCCACUUCCCAACUAUGGAUGUUGGCCUUCCCGAUGGUUGUGAGAACGCUGAUCUCAUCCCAUCAGCUGAUCUGCUCCUCCCAUUCAUGAAUGCUCUAUCUCUCCUCCGCAGACCGCUCGAGGCCCACCUCCAAAAUCUUGACUUGAAUCAAUGGCCAAAGCCAACUUGCCUUAUUUCUGACAACCUUCAACAUUGGACAGCUGAUGUUGCCCGUAAUUUUGACAUCCCACGUCUCAUCUUCCAUGGCCCAUCAUGCUUCUUCCUCUUAUGUGAUCUCCUCAUCAAUCGACAUAGGUUAGAGAUUGAGGUUGCAAUGGAAGCAACAUCGAGCGGGUCCUUCAUGCUUCCGGGUCUCCCGCAUCCCAUUAUGAUAAACAAGCACGAAGUAACCUCAGCCAUGCGCUCAGACCCUGACUGGUCCAAAUACAUGGAUUCUGUCAGAGUGGCAGAAGAAUCCGUUGAUGGUGUGCUUGUCAAUAGCUUUGUUGAGCUUGAGCCCUUGUACUUUGAGAGAUAUCAUGAAGUGACGGGCAAGCUAGUGUGGCCUGUUGGACCGCUCUCACUUUAUAAAGAAGAUCUUGAUGCUAAGGCGGCACGUGGGAAAGUUUCAUCUAUUGACAUCAAGCUCCUCUUCCAAUGGCUAGACAAACAAAAUGUUGGGUCAGUGGUGUUCGUGAGCUUUGGAAGCGUAGUUCGUAACACCACGGCCCAGCUCAUGGAGCUAGGCUAUGGGCUUGAAGCUUCAGGUCAACCAUUUGUUUGGGUUGUGAAGGAAGUAGGGGAGAGGCAAGUUCUAGGGGUGGAGGAGUGGAUGUCAAAGUUUGAGAAUAGGGUGGAGGGGAGGGGAAUGGUGAUAAGGGGGUGGGCGCCACAAACAUUGAUCCUAGGGCAUGUAGCUGUUGGGGGCUUUGUGACUCAUUGUGGCUGGAAUUCAACGCUGGAAGCGAUAGUAGCGGGGGUGGUGAUGGCAACAUGGCCGCACUUCUAUGACCAAUUUAUAAAUGAGCAAUUGAUUGUGGAUGUACUCAAAAUUGGGGUGGCAGUUGGCGUUGAAGAGCCAAAAUUGUUUGGCAUAGGGGACGAAAAUGAGGUGGCCGUGAAAGUGACGAGGGGAGAGGUUGAGAAGGUUUUGGAGAGGCUCAUGGGGGGAGGAGAUGAAGGGGAUGAAAGGAGGGAGAGGGCAAAGGAGCUGAAGGAGAAGGCCAGAAUGGCUAUGGAAGAAGGAGGGUCUUCAUGGAAGGGAUUACAGGAUGCAAUCAACUAUGUGUUAGAGAGCCGACGGAAGUAGCAAGCAACAAUAACUUUCAUUCAUUCAUAGAAAUUCUUAUAAGUAACUUCUUUUCAUCCCUUUUUCUACAUUGAAUAUAUUAGUUUCUUAAUUUUAUCUCAAUGUAAAAAGAAUUGAUGCGAAAAAAAUCUUUAUAAGAGAUUUCUUGUGAUUUGUGACACGAAAUAAUUUCCAUGUGGCAAAGGCAAAGUUGCAUCUGGAAGAUAUAGCUGUAUCUAUCAGUUUAUGCAAGGACCGUGUAGUCAAUGAAAGAUUAUAUACUAUAAAGUUCAAGGGUUAAAUAAUUUUGAUGGCUUCCUGCUUUAAUAAAAGCCGAAUCAAAGAUGUUGAAGUCCAUUGUUUACCAUUUAGCCUCCAUGGACGACUCAUUCCCGACAAAAGAUAGAAUCAAAGAAUCGAGAAGAGAGAAGAAGAGGGCUCCUCCAUCCUCAACAGUGGACUACUCGAUAGUAAAACCUGAGCUUUGAAGAAUCUGAUAGUUUGAUAAGAAGAUCUUUGAAGCUCGUGAAGACUGCAAUCCAAAUACAAAGUCCUUCCACUUUCUUCUUGUCCCUCUUCUGGCUAAGGGCCAUCGGAUCCUCAUGAUGUAUUUUAAU